AGUCUUAUAUUUACUAAGAAAUUAUUCUGAAGUGUUAUUUGAUAUGAGUUAUGAGAAAUUCAGAUAGUUUUAAUGUUCAACAUUAGUUGCUACGCGGUGCAUCCUAUUAUCAAAAGGUUUAUUACUCUGUGGCGAUACGCGCAGGCGGUCUCUGACUGUCUGACGUUUGCUCUGUCUGUGCUGUGCUGUCAAUGUUGGGAAAUGAUGCCCAUAUCUGCGGCAUCUGGUGAACAGGCUUCAAUAGAAGCAUUUAAGAUAGUACCAGUGGUAGACGCUGGCAGGUCUACCGGAGAAUCUCUCAAAGCUCAACACCUGGUACUAGACUUCACUCCAAAGGCUGAAGACAACGAGGAAGUCCAAAGGAGAUGUUUACGUUUAUGGGAUCUCGCUCAACAGACACACUUGGAGCGGACAACUGUACAGACACUCGUCACGUCUGGCAUCCAGCUCAAGAAUCCGCCGGUUUUCAUGUAA